CCCGAGCGCAGCCAUCGCCACCGCGUCCCUGCUCGCCGCCGCGCCCACGAGCCAGCGAGAGCUGCGGCGGCCGCCGGAGAGAUUCGAAAAAAUGGCCAAAAGAAUUGCCGAGAAGGAAUUGACAGAUAGAAACUGGGACCAAGAAGAUGAAGCUGAAGAGGUGGGAACAUUCUCAGUGGCCAGUGAGGAAGUCUUGAAGAAUAGAGCCAUAAAGAAAGCAAAGCGGAGAAAUGUUGGGUCUGAAUCUGACAGUGGAGGAGCCUUCAAAGGUUUUAAAGGCUUGGUUGUGCCUUCUGGAGGUGGAGGUUUUUCUGCAUUUGGUAGUGGCCCUGGAGGGAAGCCUCUGGAAGGACUAUCUAAUGGAAACAGCACUAGUGCCCCUCCCUUCACUGGUGCAAGGGCAGCAGCAGAGCCUAAGGCAACCUUUGGUUCUUUUGCUGCAAAUGGCCCAACUGCCUUGCUGGAUAAAAAGAUUUCAGAUCCCAAAACCAACGGCAGCAGUCCGCAGCCCUCGUCCUCCAGCCUUGCUUCUAGCACAGCCUGUGCAGGGAGCACCUACCACAAACAGCUGGCGGCCUUGAACUGCUCGGUUCGGGACUGGAUAGUGAAGCACGUGAACACAAACCCCCUGUGUGACCUGACACCCAUCUUUAAGGACUAUGAGAAGUACCUGGCCACUAUUGAGCAACAGCAUGACAACAGUGGCAGUGGAAACUCUGAAAGCGGAACAAGCCAGAUGUCAGUUGACACACAGACCCCUUCCCUGUUUGGUUCAGCAAAACUACCACAAGAGUCAACAUUUUUGUUUCAUGGCAACAAAACUGAGGACACAUCUGAGAAGAAGAUGGAAGUUGUGUCUGAAAAGAAGACCGACACAGCACCAGAAGCAGCAAGUGUCUCGUUUAAUUUCGGCAAGAAAAUUGAUAGCUCUGUUUUGGGCUCACUGAGCUCUGGUCCCUCAGCUGGAUUUUCAUUUUCACCUGGAAACUCCAGUUUAUUUAGUAAAGAUAUUACCCAGAGUAAACCAGUUUCUUCACCAUUUUCUGCCAAAACAUUGGAGGGUCAAGCAGAAGGUGGCAGUAAUGAAAGCAAAGGUGGAGACGAAGAGGAGAGUGAUGAGCCUCCCAAGGUGGUGGUCACUGAAGUGAAGGAAGAAGACGCUUUCUACUCCACCAAGUGUAAACUAUUUUACAAGAAAGACAAUGAAUUUAAAGAGAAGGGUGUGGGGACCCUGCACUUAAAGCCUACAGCAAGUCAGAAGACACAGCUCUUAGUACGGGCCGAUACCAAUUUAGGCAACAUACUAUUGAAUGUUUUGAUUCCACCCAAUAUGCCAUGUACCCGAACAGGGAAAAACAAUGUACUCAUUGUCUGCAUUCCAAACCCACCACUUGAUGAGAAGAGUGCCACCGUCCCUGCCACCAUGUUGAUUCGGGUGAAAACUAGCGAAGAUGCAGACGAGUUGCACAGGAUUUUACUGGAGAAAAAGGGCGCCUGAAGGUGAAGUCGGAGGAAGCAUUGCCAAGUUGCUGCUCCCCCACCUCCCUUUAAACUUAGUUUUUCUUUUCUUUGACCUUCUAAGGACUUCUAGAUAACUUAAAACUGUUGUGGGGAAGAUUAAGGCCAAUAAAACCUUUCAAUGUUUUAUUUCAAUGUCAAGGAACUGUAUUCUCCUUUCUUCCAAGACUGACAACUGUGCAAAAUACAUUCGAAUGAAAUUUUUUGGAAGUUUUUUAAAUGUUCAUUUGUUUAUUAAACUGUUAGUGAUUUCUUAAUGGACCGCAGUCAGGGUUUGGAUUAGCUUUCCCAAAGGCUUUUCUGAUCCAUGGGGUUUCGGGUCGAUACCAGCACUGGCAAGGCUUCCUGACGGCGGAUGCGGCAUCCAGGAAGAAACCUGCUGGUGUGGUUCUUACGCGUGGGCGCAACGGAUGUGUGAGACCAGCACUCUACCAAAUGAACCAGCCGCCAUGCUGUGACCGACGUUGUGUUCUGCUCUGUUGUAUGUUCCGUUUUCAAACUGCAGUGUGGGCACUCUCCGUUCACUGUGGGUGUACAUCGUCAACUUAUGAUUUGCAGACAUUGGCCUUUAACCCUGUGGGCUGCUUUACUGUAAUUCAGGAACUGCAUUUUCAUUUUAAAAGGAAGCAGGUUGCUCGACAAGGAGUUCUUGGGUUUUGAAUAUCUGGUUUUGUAGUUUUUAUUCAUGAGGUGCUAUUAUUUGUUUAUUCCCCAGAGACAAUUAAGAUAGAAGGGGAUUAUUGCCAGGAAUGGGGUUUAAAAGCACAAAUUUGGUAGCUUAUCAUUUCUAGAAAUGACCAUGGACAUCAAACCCUUAAGAAAAAAAGUGAAGUCAGACUGCACUGGAAAAGAAAAAUGUGUUCAUAGUCACUUGUACCUUAAAUGAGCCCCAUAGAUCUAAAAAAUUUACGUAAGAGGAGUUUGAAUUCACUAGGAAACAUGAACUUAAGGUAGUGGAGAA